AUGUGUCAAAAAAUUAAUGAGCUUUUCACUAUAGAAUAUCCAGUAACCAAAAUGUCUAGCCUUGAUGAAUCACUUUUGAUUUUCUUUCUGGUGUUUUUGUUCUUGUUUCUUGCACAAGACUACACCAAGAGUGGUAAAGGCUGCAUGAAUAUGAGUGUGUUUGAUCUUCAUGCAAACAGUCUUGAUACUCCAAUAUUUGCUAAACAAAGAAAUGAAAUUCCCACAGUAUCCAAAAAAGACAAAGAGGGUUCCCUCCACCCCUGGUUAAUAUACAAUGCUUCUCAUGUAGCUUUACAAGAUAUCUGGCUACGAUGA